AUGAGUGGUACAAGAAAAAAACCAUUUAGUUCAAAAAAGAAAAAAGAACAAUUGAAAUUAAAACGAGAAAAAAUUCGAGCUCAAGGUGAUAAAUGGGCAGAUUCUGAUGAUGAAUCAGCUACAAUAAAUAUAAAUAGUUCGCAUAAUUCUCGCCGUCGAAUAAAUGAACAACCUGUUCGAGAUGAUACAACACAUAAUCCUAAUCGAUAUCGUCUUCAUUUUCAACGUGAAUCUCGUGAUGAAAUUGAUCGACGAAAAAAACUUGCUCAAUUACCUAUUGAAAAAUUACCUGAAGAAUCAUUAGAAAUUCCUAUCGAGCAAAUCUAUCGACCAGGAAGUGCUCUUGAUAUGCCUAUAAGACCAGCAUGGACAUAUAAUAUGACUAAAGAACAAUUAGAACAACAAGAACAAACUUAUUUUAAUAAUUACUUGGAGAAAAUUUUUGCAAACUUUGAAGCUAAUGAUUUAAGUUAUUUUGAAAUGAAUCUUGAAACAUGGAGACAAUUAUGGCGCACAGUAGAAAUUUGUGAUAUUAUUCUUAUGAUUGUUGAUAUACGUUUUGCUGUUCUUCAUUUUUCUCCAACUCUUUAUGAUUAUGUUACACGUAUUCAUAAUAAACAAUUAAUCGUUGUAUUAAAUAAAAUUGAUCUUGUACCUCCAUCACUUGUUAUUGGUGUAAAAGAUUAUUUUACUAAAAAAUUUCCACAAUUACAUAUUCUUACAUAUACUUCAUAUCCAAAAGAUUUACCAACCACACGUGAUGAUUUUGAUAAUUAUCAAGUUAUGGCACGUAUAGUACGUCGAAAAAAUUAUUAUGCUAUUGGUCCAUUAGCAUUAUUUGAAUGUGUAUCAUCCAUUGUUGGUUCUCAAAUUGAUUUAUCUUCAUGGAAACAACAUAUUCAAGAAUGUAUGAAUGGUGAAAUUGUUGAAAAUAAACUUAAACAUGAAAACAUUGAUGUGUCGCCAUUAACAAAUACAACUAAAACAACGAAUCAUAUAACAUUAGGUUUUACAGGAUAUCCCAAUGUUGGGAAAUCAUCAAUAUUAAAUAGUAUUGUUGGUCAUAAAGUUGUUAGUGUAUCACGUACACCAGGACAUACAAAACAUUUUCAAACAAUAUUUUUAACAACAACUGUACGUCUAUGUGAUUGUCCCGGUUUAGUUUUUCCUUCGUUUGUUGAACGACCAUUACAAAUUCUAGCUGGAAUAUAUCCAAUAGCACAAGUUCAAGAACCUUAUACACCUGUUGGAUAUCUUGCACAAUGGUUACCAAUGACAAAAAUUCUUAAAUUACAAAGUCUUGAGCAAGAUACACCGAAGUAUAGUGCAAUGGAUAUUUGUGAAGCUUGGGCAAUUAAACGUGGCUUUUUAACAGCAAAAGCAGCGCGUCCUGAUGUUUAUCGAGCAGCCAAUCAUAUUCUUCGUUUAGCACUCGAUGGUCGAAUUAAUUUAUAUCUUCGACCGCCAGGUUUUACUGCUGAAAAAAAACGAUAUGCAUCGGACCCUCGAGCUAUUGAACUUGAACAUCAAAUUCAAGUAGCUGUUGAUAGACAAAAACCUCCUGAUAGUAGUGUAUCCGGUGGUGAUGAUAGUGAAGCAUUUCCAACAAGUGAUGAUCAUCAAUUAGCAUCAUGUAGUGCAUCAACAAGUGAUCAUGGUGCUGAUAUAGUUGAAGAUAUAAAUCGUUUUAUUGCUUUCAAUCGUGAUAAUGAUGAAAAAGAACAAUUAAAACAAAUAAAAAAUACACGACGAAGAGCAAGACGAAAAUCUAGCAAUAGCAAUCAAUGUAAUGAUGAUAAUGAAGAAGAGGGAGAAGUUGAUGGAUAA